AUGCUCAAAAGGAUUGAAGGUGUUUUGGAUCCAAGCUCACUUCCGAAACAAAAGGGAGAGCCUAUGAAGCAAUCCAAGAAAGAAACUCUGAAACCAUCCACUACAACUUUUAAGCCAAAGUCUGAAAACGAAACGAAGGAUAAUGAACCUUCGGGUUCGAAAGGCAAAGAAAAGAUAUCUGAUGAGAGGAUCAUUGAUGAUAGUGAAGAAGAAGAACCUGAUGAGCAUGAGCUAAAAAUAAGGAAGGCUCGUGAAUCUCAGAUCGAUGAACAUAAUCUGAUUGUGAAAGAAGAAGAAGAGAAAGAGAAAGCUGAACGAGAAGCUCAAGUCACACUGGAAACUCGAAAGCUUUUAUUUCCAUUGUGUACUUUGGAGCGAAUAAUGAAUGAGGCUAUCAACAAUCCAAGACAAUAUUUGUUAGAGCAUAUUGUAUCUUUCGACAUGCAGAACAUACAAGAUUCUCAACUGGAUUUUCCAAUCACUCCGAAAAGCCUUCAAGUUUUGUAG